UUCCAAGUCUACACACUGCCUUCUCUCUCUCUCUCUCUCUCUCUGAAAAUGUCGGACGGAGCUUUAACGGUCCUUGACGGCAGUCACCUGAGAGCCGUCGACCUCUCUCUACCCGACUCUGACGUCACCCUCACCGGAGGCCACGUCCUCGACCUAGCCGACUCGAAAGCCUCUUCGUCUCUCUUCGGCCUCUCGUUGCCUGAGGGACUCAAGUCCUCUGCUCUAAAACGCAUCAAUGUCCAAGCCGACGAUGACGUCUUCCGACAAGCCGAGCUCGAUCGCCACCAGGCCCUGAAGCUCGCCGGAGACUACAUCGCCGCGAUCGCAAAUGAGUUGAAAGAUGAUCCGAUUGUGAUAUCUAUAUUGGAUGGGAACACGAUUAGGCUGUUUUUGGAGGAUGAGGAUGACUUUGCAAUGCUGGCAGAGAAUUUGUUCACUGAUCUUGAUACAGAAGAUGUAGGAAAGCUGAAUAAGAGCGUGAUCCGGGGUGCGCUAGUUCACAUGGGAGUUGAGAUGGGCGUCCCUCCCGUUUCAGAAUUUCCUCCACUAAGUGAUAUCUUGACGAAACAUGAAGCUUAUGGGGAAGAAGAACUUGGCCAAGCUCAAUUUGCUGCAUUACUGCAACCUAUCCUACAAGAAUUGGCAGAAGCCCUGGCAAAAAAGAAUGUUGUCUUUAUCCAGAACAUUAAGAUUGUGAAUGGUUCAAAGCUGAGAAAGCUUUUGGCUGAUGAGAAGCAACUGCGCGAUGUUGUAGAGAAGAUAUCACAAGGGAAAAAGGAUGACCUGGGGAGUGCAGAAGUAAUCAGGACUUAUCUUGAGAAAAAUGGCCUAGAGUUGGGCUUGCCACCAUCCAAAGGCAACGAGCCAGUGGCUAUUUUAUAUGAUCUAGUAUUUGCUGAGCUUGAGGAAGACAAGAGUGCUCCCACAGGUGAAGAUAAAUUCGGAAAUCUUGUGAAGAAGAUCCUUGAGAAACUCGCGGAGCAGCUAGAAGGUAAUCCUAUAUUUCAUGAUACUGAGCAGUGAGCACUGAGAGAAAGAGACAAGUUUACACCAUCCUGUAUAUCAAAGUCUCAAUGGCAGAGAUUCUUGUUUGUGCAGAUAACCCAUUCGGAAUAUUGUUCACAUGUUUCCCUUAUCCAUACAGAGCCAUAUGCAAUAACUCAGUUAAACCUGUAUGUUCUAUGUAAUAUGUAUUUGGCUUAUUGCUUUGAUAACACGGUCAGAACUUGAUAUUCAGCAGUCAUUUCGAGUGGCAAAAUAUACGAAACAAGCUUUCUGAUACAGAUUGCUUCAUUUUUCGAUACAAA